AUUUUUUUAUUCUUUUCUUUAAUUGAUCGUAAAUUUGAUCUUUUUGCUUACUGGUUGUAGUUUUUCUCUCUCUCUCUAUCGAGUCUUGAUUUCUUUUGUUUGAUUUUGCAAGAUUUUCGAAGAUUAUUAAUGGAAUAUCUUCUUUGAAUUUUGACGAUUUUCGACUGACCAUCAGAAUAAAUAACUUCGAUUUUUGUUGGAACUUUUUUUUCUUCCCUCAUUCGAGAAGAUUAAAUUUGAAUCUCGAAUAAUUGAUAUUCUUAAAUAUUCGAUGGUAUUAUUGAUAAAAUAGAAGAAGAAGAAGACAAAUCGAAUAAGAAUUUACCACGAGAGGUCAUACCCUUGGUGACCUUUGAUGACCCACAUAGACUUGGAAGAUAAAGAGAGAAGAAAAAAAAAUUUCUCUUUGAAGAUUGACCUUUAACCUAAUUUAAUGUUUCUUUAUUCAUAUUCUCAAUAGAUUUCAAUUGAUUUGUUUAAUUGUAGUUCUUAGUAAUCAACAAUUAUGAGUGGAAAAGUUUCCUUUGAACUUCAUCCUGGUCGUUUAAUUGGUGACAAUCAAGCUUGUUAUGUGAUCGCUGAGAUUGGACAAAACCAUCAAGGGUCAAUGUCAAUCGCUAUGGAUUUAAUUGCUGGAGCAUCAAAAGCUGGUGUUGAUUGUGUUAAAUUUCAGAAAUCAAAUUUAACCAGAAAAUUUACUCAAUCAGCUUUAUCUCGACCAUAUCAAGGUUUCAACUCUUUCGGUUCAACUUAUGGUGAACAUAAGAAAUCAUUAGAAUUAACUAAUGAACAAUUUGUCCAAUUAAAAGAUUAUGCCAACAAUCAGGGUGUCCAGUUCACCGCUUCACCAAUGGACAUUGAUUCGGUUGAUUUUCUGGCCUCAAUUAAAGUACCAUUCCUGAAAAUUGGCUCAGGUGAUACCAACAAUUAUCCAUUGAUUAAGAGAGCCACCAAUUAUAAUCAACCGAUUGUCCUGUCAACCGGUAUGACUGAUGUGGAUAUUGUUCAACAAUCAGUGUCAAUAAUUAAGGAAUCAGGUAAUUCAUUGGCCAUCCUUCAGUGUACCAGUUCAUACCCAUGUCCACCUGAACAUGUUAAUUUAAACGUAAUUAAAACCUAUCAAAGGUCAUUUCCAUUUGCGGUUAUUGGUUAUUCAGGCCACGAAUCAGCGGACGAUGAUUCAAUAUCUUUGGCCGCUGUUGCUCUUGGUGCUAAAGUGCUAGAAAGACAUGUAACUCUUGACCAAUCGAUGAAAGGAAGUGACCAUCGGUGUUCAUUAAACUUGGAACAAUUAACUUCAUUGAUCAAGAAAAUUCGGACAAUUGAAAAAGCCUUUGGUUCAAAUGAAAAGGUUAAAAAUUCAAGUGAAAUCCCAUGUUACCUUAAAUUAGGUAAAUCAAUUGUCACCACUCGAACAAUUAAAAAAGGUGAAACAAUUAACGAAUCCAUGUUGGAUAUUAAAGUCUCUGAGCCUCCGGGAAUUGCUGCUCAUAAAUUUUAUCAAUUAAUUGGUCGGAAAGUUAAUAAAGAUCUGAUGGAAGACAAUCCAAUUCAAUCAGUUGAUUUAGAUUGAUUUACUAAUUGUUAUUUAACUUUUCGUAUUGAUAAGUUGAUAGCAAAAAAAAAUUUUAUUGCACAAACAAAUUGUAUCAGGAUAAUUAAUACUGUUAAACAUUAGUGAUUUUGUUGAUCAUCACGAUGACUCGAAAUCCAAACAAUUAAUUUUCCCCAAUAAGAAAAACAAAUCAAUUAAUUUUAAACCUAAAAUAAUAAUAAUAAAAAUUACAAUUUAAAUUGUGA